CUCCAUGCUCUCUCCGGAGUGAUGCGGUCUGAUAUUUGUCGUUGUCGUUUCAGUGAACUGAGUACAGUGAGGAACCAGAAGACACAGGACUGCAUUUAACAACUCCCACGUCCUCUGUGGAUUUUUAUUUGUGUACUGACAUGGCAAAAGGGAAGAAAAAUGUGCUGAGAGCCGACAAAAAACCAGAGGACCCUGCUGAAGAUACAGUAACCUCACUGACGGAGACAAAGGAAAACAAGCCAGCAAAUAACAAGGGUUGUAAAGGUAACGUGCAGACAGUUCUCCCAAGUCUACGGACUCCAAGCAAGCCCAGGUCCCCUCUGAGUGACAGCUCAAGCACACUCAUUCAGGAAGGAAAUGAUUCGGAUUCAACUAAACCAGAUAUGCCAAGACUGAAAAAAGUUGCUAGUGAACAACACAAGCACCUCGAUGACCUGAUAAAGAAUGGCAUUGAAGAAGGAAUGCAGGUCAAAAACAUAGACGGUAAGGGGAGAGGGGUAUUCGCUGUGAGUGGUUUCAAAAGGGGAGAUUUUGUCGUGGAGUAUCACGGAGACCUGCUGGACCUGGCUGAAGCUAAAAUCAGAGAGGCCCAGUACGCUGAGGAUCCUCAAACAGGCUGUUACAUGUACUACUUCCAGUAUCAAUCCAAAACUUACUGUGUUGAUGCCACAAAGGAAACGAGUCGGCUCGGUAGGCUGAUUAACCACUGUAAAACUGGAAACUGCCAGACGAGGCUUCACCCCAUCGAUGGAACGCCUCACCUGAUCUUGGUCGCCUCCAGAGACAUCAAUGCAGGCGAGGAGCUGCUUUAUGAUUAUGGCGAUCGGAGUAAAGCCUCAAUCCUUGCUCACCCAUGGCUCAAACACUGAGAACUUGACCUUUUUUUUUAUAUAUACAUAUAUGAAUUUGUCCCGUCUGCUGUCCAGUUUCUUUAUGGAAAAAGACUUGAGACUUGAAAUGUUUUAUUUUGUAUAGAUGCUAAAACUUCAGCUGGUGAAGUAUAUUUUUGCAAAAUUUUAUCAGGAUUUUAUAUCUUUACGAAAUGUAGCAGUCAUUUUCUUUGAGAAGCAGGUUUGCACUGUGAACGGGGUUUCCUUUAGUAAUUGUCAUUCUAACUUUUGUAAAUUAUUACAUGUGUUGUAAAUUGAGGAAUAAAGCGGUCUUCGCCUGCCGUGACAUGAUUGG